AUGCACGCCUGCUUUACUCCCCCGAGCUCUAUCGGACAACUUAGUCCUACUCGUCAGGAUGAAGACUCAUCCUGUCAACUCUGGCCCGAUGGUACCCAGACACCUGACCAUCAACGACAAUAUCGUCGUGAUAUACCAAUGAGACACGGAGCUCCAUUCAGACGCUUCAAGGGUCGCCGACCAUUAUCACCAUCAUCUGACGACACAAAUGAUUCGUCAGAAGAUGAGCUGUGUGCACUUCCAGGCCUCCCCCCCUCGAAAAACAUGAUUUACUAUGUGCAACGCGCAAAAAGACAGUUCAAGCCUUAUAACAAGCACAAUAGUCACGAGCCUAACGCAAUCGAACUUCGUUUUUGUAACAAGUCUGUCGGAAAAUGCUCCGGCGAGACUGACAUGACUCUGGCUGAUGUCCGGGCGGGAAAAGAACUCUUCGAGCGUGGCCUGCGAGGUAUGUCUGGCAAGGCCGUCGCUCAAGCUGUCGUUGCGAUGCAAGCUACCCGCGAAUCCAAGCGCUUGCGUGUUCUGACAACGGCCUGGGAGAUCGAGUCAUCGGUUCAGCGCACAAAACUUCUUGAAACAAUGCUGGAGCAGGACGCUCUAGAAUAUGCCCGUAGCGAUGCAGAAGCUUCCUCUUUCAAAAAGCUUUUGGUUGGACGUACCUCGAAAGACCUUAAUAUCGACAUAGACUUCAAUAUCGGCGCAUAUAACUGCGAUAUUACGUCGUUCGUUGUUUCUGACAUACAACUUGAUCACAUCGAGGAUCUUGCGCACAAGUUAUGUUUGCCUGAGGAAGACAGUGAUGAUAGCAUGGAGGGGUCCCCUGACUCCAAGUCCGAUAUCGAUAGCUGA